UAUAAAUUGACCAAUGUAGCUCCCUGCUUCGCCUUUGACUCUCUUCAGCCCGCCGAUCUUCGAACAUCUUUAGGCCAUUUUGUGAUUAAAAAGUUUGUUGCUACUUCAUAUGGGGAAAAGAAAGUCGAGAGCAAAGCCCCCUCCUAAGAAGAAGAUGGACAAGCUCGAUACUGUGUUUUGCUGCCCAUUCUGCAACCAUGGAAGCAGUGUUGAAUGUCGCAUUGAUAUGAAGAAUUUAAUUGGUGAAGCCUCUUGCAGGAUUUGCCAAGAGAAUUUCAGCACUACAGUUACUGCAUUAACUGAACCUAUAGACAUAUACAGCGAAUGGAUCGACGAAUGCGAGCGGGUCAACAAUGUCGAAGACGACGGUGCUUGAAUGUAGUUUCGCUCGAUCGAACCAUAAGGAAUCUGUGACUUAAAAUAAAUAAUCUUUAGAUGUGCAUAGUUUGUAGAUUGUGUUAUUCUUCCGUGCUUUCUUUCCUAGAGAAAAUAUUGUAUACUUACAAUGUAUGUACUUACAAGGGUGGAUGUAAUGACCACGUCACAUAUAAUAAAAUUAUGUUGACGUGACCACUUCAUCCAUCCUUAUAAAUAUAUACUUAUAAAGUGUGCGAUAUUCUAUCCUUUAUGACAUUCAUUUCAGGAUAUGUAGGUGUGUUUUUUUUUUUUUUUAAUAUAAAUUUGGUAA